CCGGCCCGGCCCUCAGGUGCGGGGGGCGCGGCCUGCCCGUCCCCUCGGCCGGUGGGAGGGCCCGGCCCUGCCCUCAGGUGGGCGCCGCCCUCGCCUCCCUCAGGUGCGCGGCCCCAGGCGGCGGUGGCGCCGCUCCCAUGGCGGCCCCGGGCGGGCUGGGCCGCUGCGUGGCCGCCUUCUGGCUGGCGCUGGCCUUCGACGCGGUGGGGCUGGCGGUGCUGCUGGCCGGCGUGUUCGCCGACGUGUUCUUCUCCGACCUGCUCAUCUACGCGGGCGGCAUCGGCAUCUUCCUCAGCCUGGUCUGGUGGGUGUUCUGGUACGCGGGCAACCUGGAGGUGCCGCUCGAGGAGCUGCGGGACGACGUGGGGCUGUCGGCGCCCAAGGGCCGCGGGGACACGCUGCUGCGGCGGCUGGUGAACGGCCUCAGCCUCCGCCUCAGCUCCGCGCUCGCCCCCGCCCGCCCCGCCGACCUGGAGCUGCAGCGAGCCGGGGGCUCCCGCGGCCGCCACGCCGACCCCGGCAGGAUCUGUUGAAGACACGACUAUUGACGUCACUGCCCCAAAAAGUGGGGGAAAUGCUGCAAAUUAUGGAAAGAGAUGCCCUACCCAAAACAGUAGGAUUCUCUCAUUGUGGAAUAACCUCUGCAAGCAUUGUGGACUCUCCAUAAAAUGGACACAUGGAGCCAUAUCUCUGCCAAAAGCACCUAUUUCAGUGUUGGACUGGAUAUACUUUGAAAUGGUGAAAAAAGAUCCCACAAAAUCUUUUUGAGAAGUGAGAGCUAACAGAGAAUUGAACCUGAUUCACUGAAAUAUCAGUGCAGCUUGUCAUAUAGAUGGUUUUAUUGUUUUGUUUUACUUAAGAUUAUUUUUAAUAACCUGAAAGGUUUGGAUAAAAAGCUCUUGCACAAUGAAAAGCUCUUGCACUCUUUUUUACCAAGGUGUGGAAGUUAAACUUACUGUGAAUUUUUAUAAUGCCAGUGCAAUACUUUUGUUUGUAAGGGUGCUUUUAAAAUGUCUAUAUUAAACUGUAGACAGAAAGCUGCAAAUGUAGAAGUUGUUUAUAGUGUAAAUACACAAUUUACAGUGUCUUUUGUGAAAAGUUUCAUUUAUUCUGAAAUAACCUGGAGUCGAGAUUUUAUAAGUAUACAAAUAACACCAGUGAUGUUGGCAUACAAGUACAUUCUUUGUAGUUACAAAUGAUGUCAUAUGAUGACUCUUGCAAGAGGCAUUUUUAGUCCAGUGCUGUUGGAAAUUAUUUUCCUAAUGCUGAAGCAUUUGAGAGAGGGAACAUGACCAAAAGAAAUCCUGUUGAUUAGCAAGUACUCCAAGGCAUUAUAAAACAUUAACAAACAGUACCUGGAAAAAUAUUUCUAUUAAUGCUAGUGAGACCUAAAAUUGUGCUAAUGAUAGAAUUGUGUGGAGAAUUUCCUCAGGAGUUGUUCUGGUUUUGAACUAACACUAAGAGUUUGGUGCCACCAUCAGCAAAUACUGGUAGGUCUUAAAAUUUCAAUGCACAAUUGUUCUAUGCCACACCUCACUGAAUACUAGAUGUGGAAUUAAGGAAAAUAUUUACUAAGAACACUGUGGCUGUACUUCCUUAUGAACUCUUAAAAUGUCUUUCAGUGUUUUCUUGUAAAAUUACCGGAGUAACUUCUUUUCUUUGCAUAUUCUCAUUUUUAAAUGUUUUCCAAAUGCUCUUUUAACAAAUUCAGAAGAACACUACACUUGAAGGUCUGCAAUAUGAGUUCUCCUUUACUAUCUACAGUUUUUAGGAGAUGUAUGCAAUUUGUUUCCUUCUUUCAAUGGAACUGCAAUGUGACACCACUGCAGUGUCACAAUGGCCUGGUUAAAAAAACCAAACAA